AUGAUGAAACAGUCGCCCGCAGUCUCAGACGAAUCAUACCCCAUGGACAAACUUAUCGCUAAGUUGUCUGAACAGCAAGCGGUUCUGAACAAGCAAAAUGAAGCCAUUCGAUCAGGGGAGGAUGAUCCGUACAACUCGAGGGCGCAGGACCAUACCUCGUCGAGCACGCCCCUCCCCAUCACACCAGCAACGGAUGCCUUUUCGUCCACUGCACCUACCACUAGACCUGCAAGUGCUACAUUCGAGGAUAACCGUCAAGACACUGAUGAAAUCCUUCGCCUGAAGUUGCAACUCGCUCAAGCACAGACCAAAAUCUCCCGACUCGACCAGGAGUUAGUUCAAACCCGGACGGGCAAGCCAGGCACCUCUCCUACGGGCGAGUUUCCUUCGCGCAGCUACAUACCAACUGUCCGAGAAAGCAUUUGGGCAUCGCCUGAUAACACUCAGUCAGAUACCAGUGAAUGCCUUCCAGCUGGUCCGUUCAGCCGACAGAGAGGUAUUUGGAAUAAUCCAAGGGCUCCUCCUGCUGUUGGCAAUGCAGCUCAAUCGUCUGCUAUGGAGCCUUCUCCAGGAAAUUGGUUUGGGGGUCGAGGGUUCCAAACCAGUUUUGCAGACUCUGCUGGCCCAUAUUCCCAGACAGAGAGCUGCAAUGGUGAUCGCCUGACACCGGAUUCAGAUGUCCAUGGUCGCCCACCAACAGGCCGCCGAGGAAAUCGAUAUGAAGGCAGGAUCAACUCACCUCAUCAUUUCAAUAGCUCCUACGGCGGUGCUUUCAAUGGGCUAGCAAAUCAGCAGGAUGCCAUGAUGGGGGGGCACAUCCAAAACGCCAUUAUUCCUGGGCCUCACCUUGGGCCUGGCCAAGUGAUGAGCCCAGUUGGAAUCCCCCCUUAUGCUCAACAGCCCCAGCAGCCUGUGGGUACUCCCCUAUCCCCCUUCGCUUCCGAGUUCACCUCUAAAGGAGCAUGGAAGGGAGAGGUGAGAGAAACCGGCGGUGAAACUUUUGCUUACAGAGCUGAUACCCUUCAGGAGAUGCCCUCUGAAGGCCCAACAUACCUGCCUCCUACUGAGCCCCUCAACUACCGACGCUUGCUUGAUCGGAAUGUGAACUGCAACUGGAAGUAUAUUGUUGACAAGAUCGUGUGCAACAACGACCAACAGGCUUCCAUCUUUUUGCAGCAAAAGCUAAAGGUCGGUACUCCUGAGCAGAAGUAUGAGAUUGUGGAGGCGAUUGUAGCUCAAGCAUACCCUUUGAUGGUCAACCGAUUUGGAAACUUCCUUGUGCAGCGUUGUUUCGAGCACGGGACCCCCGAGCAGGUCAUCAAAAUUGCUGAAGCGAUCCGUGGAAACACGCUGAAUCUGUCGAUGGACCCUUUUGGGUGUCAUGUGGUUCAAAAAGCGUUUGAUUCUGUCCCAGAGGACUACAAAGCAAUAAUGGUUCAUGAACUACUCCGACGCAUCCCCGAAACAGUGAUUCAUCGAUACGCGUGCCACGUUUGGCAGAAGCUUUUCGAGCUUCGAUGGACUGAGUCUCCUCCUCAAAUCAUGAAAUAUGUCAACGAGGCCCUUCGGGGAAUGUGGCACGAGGUUGCUCUAGGCGAGACUGGAAGUUUAGUGGUUCAAAAUAUUUUCGAGAACUGUCUUGAAGAGGAUAAGCGACCAUGCAUCGAAGAGGUGCUCGCGAACAUCGAUAUUGUUGCGCAUGGACAAUUCGGUAAUUGGUGCAUUCAGCAUAUCUGCGAGCAUGGCGGACCACCUGAUCGAAGCCGUGCCAUUGACCACGUAAUUCGGUAUGCUGCCGAGUACAGCACAGACCAGUUUGCCUCCAAGGUUGUCGAGAAAUGCCUGAAGAUUGGAGGCACUGAGUUCCUUGGACGCUACCUUGACCGAGUUUGUGAAGGCCGUCGUGAUAGGACUAGGAUCCCACUGAUUGAUAUCGCCAGUGAUCAGUAUGGCAACUACCUGAUCCAAUGGAUCCUCAACAACGCGACACCUCAGCAUCGGGAAAUGGUCGCAGCUCAUAUUCGAAAACACAUGGUCUCUCUCAGAGGAUCCAAGUUCGGCUCUCGUGUUGGAAUGCUCUGCACCAAUCACGCUGUCACGACCCGACCUGGUCCUGGCGUUGGGCCGGGGAUCAAUGGUCGAAUGGGGCCAGGGCCUCGCUUUGGUAAUGGAACCUAUCGAUAA